AGUUCAUUUCCGAAACUGUUGCUGCAUAUACAAAUUUCCCUCCUUCACUUUUUCAUCAUUUUUCUCCAAAAACUUAUCAAAACCCUCUCUAAACCCUAUCAAUCUCCAUCAAUUUUUCGCCCUAAAAGCAAGUUUCAAACCGUUGAUCACGUUAAAGGGGGCAUAGAAAGCUACAAUUUCAGGUAUGGUGCAUCCGGACAACAUUGUGCAAGACGAUGGAGUAUUAAAUCCGGAAAUUGUCAACGUUAAUAACGAUCCGGUUAUUGACGCUACUCCUAUGAUCAAUGCGGUCGAUGUUAGGCAACAUUUUACAAAUGAUCGGAGCUUCGUUAGUCGAGAACAAUUGAUUGAUUGGGUUCGAAACGAAGCUAGUAAACUUGGAUUUGGAAUUGUCAUUUUAAGGUCGGACAACGGAAAUAGUAGGCGGAAAGCUUUCGUUGUUUUGAAUUGCGAACGUGGUGGUAGUUAUGUGCAAUCAAACCGUGUGCUAAAACACGAGGACACGGGAUCGAGAAAGUGCGGGUGUCCGUUUAAGUUGCGUGCCACUCGGAGGGUUGAUGAUUUGUGGCGGUUAACCGUAAUUUGUGGAAUGCAUAAUCAUGCCUUGGAUGUCAAGUUACACGGGCAUCCAAUGGCGUGUCGUUUGUCCCGCGAAGAGAGGAAUGUGAUAUCGGACCUAACGAUAGUCAAAGUGGCGCCUCGCAACAUACUUGCCGAUUUGAAGCGUAAGAAACCGGAUAGCGUUUCAAAUAUCAAGCAAGUUUACAAUGAACGGCACAAUCUCAAGGUUUUGAAUAUGGGCCCUCGGUCGGAAAUGCAACAACUUUUGAAACUUCUAGGCGAUAACAAUUACGUUUCAAGCUUCCGAACCUCCGAGGACAAAGUUACCGUGCGUGAUAUUUUUUGGACUCAUCCCGAAAGUAUCAAAUUGUUCAACACAUUUCCAACCGUUCUAGUCAUGGAUUCGACGUACAAGACAAACAAGUAUAGGCUUCCUCUUCUAGAGAUCGUCGGUGUGACCUCGACGGACAAGACUUAUUCGGUGGGGUUUGCUUUUUUGGAGUGUGAAAAAGAAGAAAACUUUACGUGGGCCUUGGGAAUUUGCAAGUCUUUGUUAGUUGAUCAAGAGGUUAUGCCAAACGUCGUUGUCACCGAUCGGGACAAUGCUUUGAUGAAUGUGUUUGUUGUGUUUGAGAAGCAACAAAGUUUUCCAUCAUUAUCUCAAGAUUUGACUUUCGGGGUGCUUGAGGUGCGGCUUGAUUUGGCUUUUGAAAACUGUGAGGUGUUUGGGUAG